AUGGCCAACAUCGAGACAGACAGAGCUGGAAUGGCUGCCAUGGCAAAGGUAGCCAGGAGCGGAGGCUCCAUCAUACAUGGUUCGGACCAACCGGGAAUCAUCAACAAGACAUUCGGCAAUCUCAUACGUGAACAAGCUCGGAAAAGGCCUGACGCAUUGCUGGUGGCUUCUCACCAUCAGCGCAAGAGUCUCACAUACGCCCAGGCGAACGACAGAAGCGACCGUCUUGCACAGGGGCUGGCUUCACUUGGUGUCCAACGUGGGGACCGCGUGGCCAUACUCAUGGGCAACGAGAUUGAGUAUGUGGAAAUCUUCUUCGCCUGCACCAAGCUCGGAGCUUUGGUGACCCUAGUCAACUAUGCGUACACUGAGCAGGAGCUUCACUCAGUCAUGUCAUCUUGCAGAGUCUCAGUCCUUGUCAUGGUCCCCGGUUUCGAUAGGUACGACUACAGGCCAUGGAUACGCAACUUAAAAGCCGGAGUUCCGUCCCUGGAAACCAUCAUUGUGGCACACUCGAACGGAGAGUUUGGCGAUGUAUCCCUGGACUACGAAGAGGUUGUCAGAAGCGGCAUGAAAGACGUUGUUGAUCUACUUGCAAUCCAAGAUACCUUGGACGGCAGGGACAUGAUGAACCUCCAGUUCACCAGCGGUUCUACGGGCCUUCCCAAAGCCGCUGCCCUGACUCAUCAAGGGAUCUACAACACGGGAAGAUUCAUUGGAGAUACCAUGUAUCUAAAGGCGUCGGACAGAGUGUGUCUUCCAGUUCCCUUCUUUCACAGCUUCGGGCUUAUUAUCGGUCUGGCCACUGUGGCGGCUCAUGGAGCCUCAAUAAUUCUUCCCGACAACCAUUUCAACAUCGAGGCGACUCUGGCCUUCUACGAUUCGCAAUACUUGCAGGUUCAGCUGUCCCCGAAGCGCUCAUGA